AGACAUCGGUGGCAAAGGUUGUAUAUACUUUCAGCGCAAAACGCUUGGAAAACCGAUCGUUGUUUGAGUUCCGUUUACUGUAAAAUACAAUUAACUUCAACGUUGGUAGCAGCAACUGGCAAUUAGGAGCAAAAAGAUGAAGUCGUUCUGGCUCGCCACAAUCUUCGGGAUUCUCCUGAUUCACUGGACGCGAGCCAAUCCUAUUUUAAGCGAUCCCAAAGUGGCCACUGAGUUCAUUAUACUCCAUAAUAAUGAUAUGCAUGCCCGGUUCGAGCAGACGGGCGUGAAUAGUGGCAUUUGUUCUCCGGAAGAUGCACAUACAAACAAAUGCUAUGGAGGAUUCGCCCGUGUGGCCUACGAAGUCCGAAAAUAUCGCAAGGAGGCAAAGGAGGGAGGAACUUCCGUCUUGUAUUUAAAUGCCGGUGACACCUACACUGGAACCGCUUGGUUUACUAUUUUUAAGGACAAAAUCGCAAGCGCUUUCCUCAACAAAUUGGAACCCGAUGCCAUAUCACUGGGCAACCACGAAUUCGAUGAGAGAGUAGAGGGUCUGAUACCCUUUCUCAACGAGGUUAACUUCCCUGUAUUGGCCUGCAAUCUGGAUCUCAGCAAGGUUCCCGAGUUGAAGGCCACCAAGCACUUGGCCCACUCCACCAUCCUGGAGGCUAAUGGCACCAAGAUAGGUGUUAUUGGUUAUCUGACCCCAGAUACCAAAAAACUCACUCUUAAUAUGGAUGUAGAGUUUAAGGAGGAGGUGGAGUCCAUCAAUGCUGAGGCCAAGGAACUAAAGGCCCAGGGCAUUAAAAUCAUCAUUGCUCUGGGUCACUCGGGUUACUCGAAGGAUCAGGAGAUAGCCAAGAAUUGUCCGGAGGUGGACAUCGUGAUUGGUGGGCAUACGAACACAUUCCUCUACAACGGGGCCCAGCCGGACGCGGAGCACAUUGAUGGACCCUAUCCCACGUUGGUCAAGCAGAAGAGCGGCAAGGAGGUUCCAGUGGUUCAGGCCUAUGCGUAUACCAAGUAUCUGGGAAAACUCCACGUAGAGUUUGAUGCCGAGGGCAAUCUCAUAAAGUGGGAUGGUGCUCCUAUUCUGCUCAACGCUUCAGUGGCUCAGGAGCAGGAUCUCCUGGAACUGUUAGAGGUCUAUCGCCCUAAUGUCACUAGAUUGGAGAAGGCGGUCGUGGGACACUCGAAGGUCCAUCUGGAGGGACGCAAGGAGAUCUGUCGGGCUGAGGAGUGUAACCUGGGCAACCUGGUGACCGAUGCAUUCGUUUUUAGUCGGAUUAUGGAGGAUCAGGGUGGAGAUUUCUGGACGGAUGCAGCCAUAUCUCUGAUGCAGGGAGGAGGCAUUCGCAGCUCCAUUGAAAAGCGAUCCGAUGGCUCUAUUACCGACAGCGACAUCCUCUCGGUUCUGCCCUGGGAAAAUGAUCUCUUAAUGGUGCCCAUGUCGGGCAAAAGUCUUCGAAGGGCUUUGGAGCAUGGUGCUGCGUUGAGGGGCAAGGAUUCGGACGGUGGCUUCUUGCAGGUAUCCGGAAUCCACGUGGUCUUCAACUUAAAGAAACCCGAGGGUCAGCGAGUGGUCUCCGUGCAAGUUCGAUGUGCCGCCUGCCGAGUUCCCACCUACAGCGAUCUGAAUGAUACGGCCAUCUACAAUGUCGUCGUGGGAGAGUUCCUGUUGGAUGGUGGAGAUGGCCAUGUAAUUAGGGACUCAGUCCACAAGCCACAGCGCCUCAAAAAUAACGAUAAGCAGGCCGUUUCCCAGUAUCUAAAGCAGCGGGAGUAUGUUUAUCCCGAGAUUGAAGGUCGCAUCAUUUUCACGAAUUCCGCCAGUGUACUUAUGGGCUCCUCAGCAGCCCUGCUCCUUAUCUCUUCCCUCCUUAUGAAGAUGAUUAGUUCAGUGUUUUCAGUAAAAAUGCUUCGACUAACUCUCCAGUGGACCUUUGUCCUCCUGCUGAUCCCAAACUUUCCGAAUUGGAUAUCCAGCCUCAAGAUCACCCUGCUUCACACCAACGACAUGCACUCCUGGUACGACCCUAUUUCCAGUAAGGGUGGAAAAUGCAAGGCUGGCGACGAUGAGCGGGGAUUUUGUUUCGGAGGAUUUGCCAGGGUGGCUGCUGUGAUUAAUGACACUAGAAAGGGUGGAACUGAUUCAGUUCUAUACUUAAACGGUGGCGAUUCCUUCCAGGGAACUCCCUGGUUUUCUGUUUACCGAGGGAAAAUGGUGGCCCAAAUGCUGAAUUUCUUGUCUCCCGAUGCUAUGACCCUUGGAGUUCACGAGCUCGACGAUGGACCUGAGGCCUUUGCCGAGUUUUUGGACAUAAUUAAUUUUCCAGUGGUAAGCAGCAAUAUCAAUCUGAAGGGGGAACCCAAACUUGCGGAUCACAGUAAAUUGGUGACCUCUACGGUCAUCACAAAGGGAAAAACUAAGAUCGGCAUUGUGGGUUAUAUAAGGCCGGAUACCAAGGAACGCACUCAGCCCAAUAAUGUGGUGUAUAAGCAGGAGGUGCCCGCCAUCAAUAAGGAAACAAGAAAACUGGUGGAUCAGGGAAUCAACAUCAUCAUUGCCUUGGGGCAUUCGGGCUAUGAAAAGGAUAAGGAGAUAGCCAGGCGCUGUCCGGAUGUGGAUCUCGUGGUGGGCGGUCAGUCGCACACCUUUCUGUAUUCCGGAAAAGCUCCGAGUAAGGAAGUUUCGGAGGGUCCCUAUCCCACCAUAGUCGUAAAACCUGAUGGCAGGAAGGUGCCUGUGGUUCAGGCCUAUGCUUAUACGAAAUACCUGGGAAAUCUGUUGCUAGAAUUUGACAAUGGUGGUAAUCUUUUGAGUUUCAAGGGAAACCCCAUUUUAUUGGACAGCCGCUUUCAGCCUAGACAGGAUGUUCUAAGUUUUCUUGAUCAGUACCGCCAGGUGAUCGAUGAUAUGGAGCGCCAUGUGGUGGGGACCACCUCUGUCUAUCUGAAUGGCGAUAGAAGAAGCUGCGGUUUUGGCGAGUGUAAUUUUGGCAACUUUAUAGCGGAUAGCUUUGUUUAUGCCCGAGUGCUGGAAACCAUGCCGGACAGAAGAUCUUGGACUGAUGCUCCCAUAGGGCUCAUAAAUGCGGGGGCUAUUCGAGCCUCCAUUGAGCCCGGGGAAACGGGGGCCAUUACAGAGGCCGAUGUGAUGACUGUACUUCCGUUCAGCCACGACAUGUUCUACACCAGGAUCAGUGGCAGCCAACUGAUGAAGGCCCUGGAGCACUCCCUUCAGCUGCGCAGCAAGCAUAUGUCCAGUUCCUAUCUCCAGGUUUCGGGACUCCGUAUGAAGUUCAACCACAGCCGGCCGAAGGGCGAGAGGAUCACCGAGAUCAGGGCUCUGUGCUCCGCCUGCCAGAUUCCGCACUACGAGGCCGUCGAGACGGAUAAGUAUUACGGCGUGGUACUCACCUCCUUUCUGUUGAACGGCGGCGAGGGCUAUAGUUUCAUCGAUCCAAAGCGACCGGAAGUGGAAAACCUAACUAUCCUUGACCGCAAUGCUGUCAUCCGGUAUCUGCAGGAGCACAAGGUCAUCUAUCCGGAACGGGAGGACCGCCAGGCUCCUCAGGACAAGCACAUAUCCAACUCGAGCUCUAACCUAUUGUUGGAACCCUUCCUACUCUACCUUCUGCACUCUCUAUGUGUUUGUCGCCGUCUUCUCGGUUAACUUUCGAGCCUUCUAAAUGGGAAAUAGGAAAAGAAAACGAUCUGCGUCUCCAUGGAGAAUCAUUAUCAUUAGCAUUCGCAUUCUGUUUUUGCCCAUUACGCAAUCGCUUAGAGCCGAGAUCAGCGAUUAAGUCUGUUGUGAUCAGUGACCUUUCCUAUAUAAACAAAGGUGUCUGGGUUCUAAGCAGCUGUACUAUCAAGUCUAGAUUAGCUUUAGUAGAGGUUUUAAUAUUUUUACGGGUUUGAAUUGCUAAUAUUAAUAUUAAUAAUAAAUUGUAUGGUUUAAUCUGCUUAAGUACCUUUUUUUAAUUGCUUUCAUGUUGACUAAAAUACUUUAAAUAGACUUGGCAACCAGUAAGUUCAUGAAGUGUUAAAAUAAUUAUAAAAAAA